GCAUGAUGUACAAAACCGAAAAACAUUUAGUAGAUCUGUCGGGGCAUGUCGACAUCCCAUAAUGUGUGUAUAUCAAUACUGGAAACUCACAUGACUAUAUACUGGUAGCUAUACCAGGAAAUACAUUUCACUGUAAUUUAUAACAAUAGCAGGAUAUAAUACUCAACAAGGAACUUUAGCCCAGACUCGGCUCAUUACUCAUUUAUAGCAACUGCUGGCUGAUUCAUGUGAAGCAAGACUGCUGAAUAAAAACGUAUCUGAAAAUUUUACAUACGAGGUUUUUAGUCAUAGGGUAAGUAUAUAUAAUGUGUUAUGCAGGUCUUCGUCAGUAUAUAGUUUCGAUCCUGUUUAUCAAGCUAUAAGUCUAUAACCCCAACAUGUACUGCUUCAGCGACUUAGCCCUCAACAACCGAGACUGAUGAAAGUAAAACUGAAUUUGAGGGGUAGUCGGUUUUCAGUGUUAGAAUUAUUUUAUUGUGCAAGAGUAAAACUAUGGGCCCUCAGAAAUACUAAUGCAGGACUAUUGACCUAAUGACCUUGGAGAUUUUUAUGUACCCAGUACUACCAGACUAGUAGGUUCUGCCAGGCUAGGUAAAUUCAGUUAACUGUAGAUAUAAAUUCUAUAAAAUGAAUCUUAAUUAAAUCAUUAAUUCAGUAUAAGAAUUAAAUAGCAAAAUUAAAAUGCCAAAAUGGUAAACAUUAAUCAAUCAAAAUGAAACUUUUUUCCUCAAAAACAACAGAACUAUUGAUUCUUCUGCCUGUAUUUACAUGUCAUUUAUUGACUUAAACUAUAAAUGUAGCUAAACGAGACCAAUUUGAUUUCGCAGCCUUUUCUUACUUUGUCAUGUUUGAUGAAUAUUGACAACAGUUGUUUAAACUACAUUUAGCAAUCGCCUUUAUUCCGCUUUCAUGUGGGAUAAAAUUUUAAACUUAAAGUCGCGACAACAGGAUCUGAUUUAUUUUAUGUAGCCGGCGUCCGGUGCAUGUUAAAUUCAAUUCACUAAGAUGAAGAAUUUUUUGGUAUGUUCUGUUCUUCUCUUGGCAUUCUUCAACAAUCGUGUUCAAGGUAUGUAGUGUACGUCUUUUCCUUAAAUUUCCAGCAGCAGUACGCUCUCAAGAUCAUAUGGGCCUGAAUGAACUUGAUUUUCUUCUAAAUUUUCAUUACAUUUUAAAAGUUAUCAAGGAUUUCAUUACACUAACCGAGUAACCGCAAUAUAGGGUUUGUGAUGCAUAUGGUUUUAAACUGCACUUCAUGACGUUUCUUUGUCUGAGGAUCACAUUUUGUCAGACAAGAUUUUGGAAUCAUCACUUUUGGAAUAAUCACUUUCAAUCUUUUCUCAUUAAUUGCGGAUGCAGCUGCUGCAUGUGGCAACAACAUUCUCUUUUGAGUAUUUCGGGGAACCCUCAGUAACAUCUUCAUUUUUCGCGCACGAAUAUAUUUCUCUUUGAUCUUGACCCCAAUCACAACCCUAUCCCCAUCAUAUUGUGCGUGAAACAUGACGAACGAAAUCUCAUCAAUUUGAUUUAAAGGAAGAAUUUUCUGAAUUAAUGAACAAAUCAUUUCAUUUUAUAUACGGAUACAUUUUCAUGUAUACAUACAUAAAUAGGGAAUUACAAAUAACCAACCUCGUUCCAAGGGUCUUUUCUGAAAUUGCGGAACGAGAUUGACAAAUAACAGCUAGCGCAUUGAACAGUGACUGGCCGCCAAGUGUCUUUGGAAGUGGUGGGGGUGGGGGACAACGCCAGUGAACAAAGCCUAUUUCAACCGUAUUUCAAAAACUCAUUAAUAAUUCAUGAAGCAAUUAUCCAAUCUUGAGUAAGAAAUUAGUCACGCGUGCAUACGUCUUUAUACCCGAGCUAAAGAACACUUUAACAAAAGACCAUUGUUAUGCAAACUAUAUAAAGAUUUUUAUAUAAAGAUUUUUAUAUAAUGAUUUUUAUAUAAAGAUUUUUAUAUAAAGAUUUGACUUACUAUGCAUACGUUUUUGAAGUCAUUUAAAAAACUCGCGGGUCGUGUUUUAUUAGGUCUAAAGCCACUCGCGCUGCGCGCUCGUGGCUUUAAACCUAAUAAAACACUCCUGCUCGUUUUUUAAAUAGUACAUCAAUUACCUUUUCUUUCUUUUCUCGGCGAAAAAAGCGAGGGGACCAUGUCCCCCAUAGCCCUCCCCCAGCUCCAUGCACGGUCCCAGAAAGUUGUUCAAAAAAGCAGGCAAUUUUUUGACAGUUGAUUCGACUUUAUUUGAUUCCUAAAAGUACACUUUCUUCCUUUUUACUCGACACAGUGGAAGACAAUAUAGUUGCCGAAAGGUGUUUCUCACGUUUUCUUGCAAUUCUAAGUUCACCCUACACGGCGAAAAUCUCUUUUGUACUUUGCAUGAAACCCUUUCAUAUCGAUAACAAACAAAAUUAAAAUAAACUAAUACAUGCAUAAUUUAGUUUAAUCACACUUGAAUAAUGGCGUUCGGUACAGGCUAUAUAGUGUUGACCAUGCUCAUUCAAAUAACACGUUCUGCAACUUCUGCGUCGACUGAUCAUGAUCGAUUAUCCAUUCAUCAACUGAUCAUGAUCAAUUUUCCAUUCAGUGCCACGUUGAACGUUGCUUUGAACUAAUAUAUUUUGUCCCCUAUGAGUAUGUAAAGCAAAAUAUUAAAAGAAGUGCUGAUUUAACAAUUUAAUACUUUGCCAUGUAUAUACAGCUAAUUCAAAAAAGGUUGUCAGUCCUUCCUUUAGGCCCGAAAAGUGCAAUGGGAACGCUCUCUAUCGUAAAGUUUGGCCGUUUAUGCACAAGAAUUAACUAUGACCAUUAAGUCUUUCUGACUAAAUACGGCAAACAUGCAGAGUUUAAAGCUUAGUUUUUAAUUAGCUGUAUUUUAAAACUUCCAGUCUCAGCUACAUGAUUUAACUAUACGUGGAUAUCGUCAAAAUUCAGAAUAUUUACUGUUUCAAGUUGUCUCGCAGGAAAAUGUAACCCGCUGUGCGGUACCGGAGUGUACACUCAUGCAGGAACAUGUCAACCAAGUGGAAGAUGUCUGUGUUUCUGGGGGUGGACUGGACCCAAUGCUCAGUACACAACAAAUAACCGAAUUUUGGUACGUAAUAAAAUUUAUGUUGGCAAAGAUUGCGCAGACGUAUAGAUGUAUGUAAAAAUCUCUGAAGUCAAACUGUGCGCUACUGACUGUGCUAUUUGAUGAACUGAAGACUACAAUGAUUCUGAUAAUGGUUAACAAAAUAUUGCUUUUAACGCAGACUCAUGCCGCCAUCUUAUUUAUUCCAAAUUUGAUCCGAUCUUGCGAUCCCUAACCUUUGAGGAACUGCAUAAUUGUACAAAGAUAAUAUAAAUAUGUAAUUCAGUUUAAUCUUCAUAUUCCUUCUAGGCUGACUACUGUCGUAUUCCAUGUCAUUAUACUCCUGACUAUAAAAAUCCAGACUGUGUGAACUCCAAUCAAACUGGAGAAUGUAAAGUGCCAACAUCAACCACGCCAACGAUGCCUUGUGAUCCUAAAUGUGGAAAUCGUAAGAACUAUACUGUUGAGCAUGGGUUUUACAAAAUAUAAUUUAACUUUUUUAUGCAUUCUAAAACCUUAUCCAGAAGUUAUUCAUAGUUUUAUGAUUCACACGGCGAAAAUAGAAUCAUUAUAUAUCGUAUAAUUUUAUUUACAGCGCCAUAUUUCGGUCGAGGAAUAUGCCUGAGUGAUGGUCGUUGUCUUUGUUGGUGGGGAUGGACUGGACCGAAUGCUUGCUAUGUUGAAGAUGGAACAUAUAGGAACAGAAUUAUUGUAAAUAAUUUACGUUUGUACUGGAUAGCACUAUUAUAGUUUUAAACUAUUCUUGUCAGAAACUCAUCCCAUAUAGGUCCAUAUAAUUAUCCCUAGAUCCAGGGCCGUCUUAUGAUUUCGUGUGGAAUUGCUCAACCAUGAGGAUUGUAUUUCUUUUCGUACUUUAUUUCCUUCUUGCAUGCAUGCAUGCAUGCAUGCAUGCAUGCAUGCAUGCAUGCACAGGCAAUUUCAAUCUACUUAAUAUCCGUAACAGCUUGUUGUUACAUUGAUACUAUGCAUAUAUCAAUAGGAACAAAACCAAUUCAUUCAUGCUUCAUGUGAUUGCCUACACAGAACACUUUUCAAAAUUGGAGGGAUAAAGUUGUAAAAACUUAUAAAGUGCAUUAGAAAAUCUUGAAUUUUUAAAUGCAAGAAAUCGACAAUUUUCAACUUUGAUAAAACUUUCCCUCAAGAAACACGGAAAAUGCUCUUCCAAAGCUUCGAAAACGCAAUUUUUUAUGGGGACAUGCCUUCAGAGCCCCUUCGUUGACUGUCUCCCCCAACAAUUUUCUUCUGACGGUACGGAAACCUCCAUACCAAUGGAAACUGCGGUGCAUGUUUGGUAGAGAAAACUGUCAGGACUCCGAAACAACUGAGGCGAAACCAUAACACACGACUUGCAUAAAUUAACAUUAUGCAUCACACUGUAUUAUCAGAGACAAAUGAGUAUUUUUUGUAUCUACUACAGGCUGACUACUGUGCGAAGGCAUGUCAUUUUACGCCCUAUGUACGGAAUCCUAAAUGUCUGAAUGGAUCUUGGGAUGGAGGACAAGUCACUAAGACAACUGAGAAAACACCAACUGAAGUUCAAAUAACUGCGCCAAAUAGUAAGUGUAGUUAUUCAGCUUUUCAAGUAUACAAUUUAAUAUAUUCAUCCUCUCUUAUUUCUAAAAGCAAAUUUAUGCCUGCAGUAGAACGUUGUUACAAAAGUAAGCUUGGCUAUAGGGUACUCAUUUUCCUUUAACAAAAAAAAUCGUUAUAGAAUUGCCUCACCUAUUUAAUUCUCACUGCCUUGAAGAUGUGUUUUAUUUAAUAGUUCCUAAAAUCUUGAAUAUGUUCUUUCUCAAACGUUGAUUGGAAGCAUGCAUGCGCAUGUGCUCAAAUAUACCAAUGAUUUAAUUCAUGUAAAAAGUUGUUAAUUUAUUUUAAAAACUGAAAAGGCAAUGUUUGCACAGUUGUUGAUUCGAAUUUAAUAAAUUUAACAAUAUUCGAUUUUUAAAUGUACGCAGUCUCUAUUUCGCUUGACACAGAAGACAAAUUAUUCUGGUAAAAAAAUUUAAUCAAGUGGACAGUCCUUUUGUUCCCAAAAGCUAUGUUUCUCACGUUAUGUUGAUGAAUUUGACAAAACAUUUUAUUUGCUUGCAAUUCUAGGUUCAUCCCGCCAAUUAACAUGGCGAAAAUCUCUUUGGUACUUUGAAUUCUUGCGGAUUAGUUGCAUUCAACCCUUUUAUAUAGAUAAAACUCAAAAACUAAUAUGGAAAAUUUAGUUUUAAUUAAUCACACCUGAAUCAGCCAGUUCGUAUAGAGUUGAUUGCGCAUCCAAAUGACACGUUCUGCGUCGGAUUAAAAAUAUCAGACCUGAUCAAUUGAUCAAUUAUCCAUUCAGUAUUGAACUAGUAUAUUUUAUCCUAUUUGUAAUGAAAAGUAUUCUAUAUAAACGAAGAGGCGAUUUAACAAUUUAAGUUCAAUUUCUUCCCAAAUUUUUGAGCCAAUAUCGCCGGAAUUCAGAAUAUUUACUGUUUCAAGUUGUCUCGCAGGAAAAUGUAACCCGCUGUGCGGUACCGGAGUGUACACUCAUGCAGGAACAUGUCAACCAAGUGGAAGAUGUCUGUGUUUCUGGGGGUGGACUGGACCCAAUGCUCAGUACACAACAAAUAACCGAAUUUUGGUACGUAAUAAAUUUGCCAUUUUAUGCCAUUGGGAUUGUGCAGACGUAUAUAUAGAUGUAUGUGAAAAUCGCUGAAGUCACACUGUGCUAGUGGAUGAAAAAGAGAAAGUGAUUCUGAGAAUUUUUAGGACGAUAUUGCGUUGAACGCAGAUAUAUGCAUCUUGUUCACCAAAUCUCGUUUCAUCCGAAUGUUCGAAAUAUAUAUUAUAGAAUGAGUCAAAUCUCAGAAUGUUUUUUUAUUUUGGCCAACAUUGACCUGAUCUUUCGAUCCCUGUCAUUUGAGGAACUUCAACUUGGAAGUUUCAUGCGAUCUAGUCAAUCUCCUGAACUAGUGUGCUCAUUGCAAGGAAAUGUAAAAGUUACAUAUAAAGAUGUAAUUUUUAAUCUUCAUAUUCCUUCUAGGCUGACUACUGUCGUAUUCCAUGCCAUUAUACUCCUGACUAUAAAAAUCCAGACUGUGUGAACUCCAAUCAAACCGGAGAAUGUAAAGUGCCAACAUCGACCACGCCAACGAAGCCUUGUGAUCCUAAAUGUGGAAAUCGUAAGAACCACAGGGUGUAUCAAUAAAAACUGAGUCCUCAUAUAAAGUGUAAAUUUCAAAGCAAAUAUGAAAGUUAGACAUUUAUACUUGCAUUCGUUCGAAAUGGCGAUCUUUCGGCUAUUUUAUGUACUUUAUUUUAUAAAAUUUGGAGUUAUUGCUGGCGAGUUGUGUCAAUUUAAGUAAGUGCAAUUGGAAAUUUAAAAAACGUAUAGAUGUGUUGAAUUCAUAAUUUAUUUAAACGUUCCAAAAAAUAAGUUGGAAGUACACAUUUACUCAACGUGGCCUCCAUUUCUAUAUAAUUUCACACAAGUUCGUUCUUUGUCUCAUAUCCAAGACAAGUCUUCUUCCCGAAUUUCCUUUAUUUCGAUUUAAAUUUUAUGGGGUGGUUCUUCCAUUCAAUGCAUGUGCAGCCGGUAUUUGUUGACAUUACCCCAAACGCUCGAUGAAGAUUACGUCCUAGAAAAGCUAUUUUAAAUUGUCUUCAAAAACUCAUUAAUAAUUCAUGAAGCAAUUAUCCAAUCUUGAGUAAGAAAUUAGUCAUGUGCAUACGUUUUUAUACCAGCUAAAGAACACUUUAACAAAAGACCGUUGUUAUGCAAACUAUAUAAAGAUUUUUAUAUAAAGAUUUUUAUAUAAAGAUUUUUAUAUAAAGAUUUGACUUAUUAUGCAUACGUUUUUGAAGUCAUUUAAAAAACUCGCGGGUCGUGUUUUAUUAGGUCUAAAGCCACUCGCGCUGCGCGCUCGUGGCUUUAAACCUAAUAAAACACUCCUGCUCGUUUUUUAAAUAGUACUUAACACUGCAACAACGCUUUUUGUUUCGAAAUACUUUUCAACAAUUAAUGUUCUUUCCGGAAUUGUUAGCUUUGGCAUUAUGAAUGGUGAUUGUAAAGUUUUAAACAACAACGUUCCAAAUUUUAGCAAACUACCUUUAAUUUCGAAGAUUAAUAUUUCGAAGCAUCUAAAAACGAGCGCUUGUACUAAAUUCUUUUUAUUGCGAUUAGCCUUCGUUCAAAAUUUUCAAGAAACCCCUCAUUCGAAAGAUGAAAAAACAAGCUUUAAAUUGAGCCCAAAACGAAACUAUGGUAGUUUAUUUUACGAUAGAAAUAAGGAUAUUUAGGACGACUCCUUUUUUUCUGAUACACCCUGUAUACUGUUGAGCAUGGGUUUUACAAAAUAUCAUUUAACUUUUUUAUGCAUCCUAAGACCUUAUCCAGAAGUCAUUCAUAGUUUUGUGAUUCACCCGGCGAAAAUAGAAUCAUUAUGCAUCGUAUAAUUUUAUUCACAGCGCCAUAUUUCGGUCGAGGAAUAUGCCUGAGUGAUGGUCGUUGUCUCUGUUGGUGGGGAUGGACUGGACCGAAUGCUUGUUAUGUUGAAGAUGGAACAUAUAGGAACAGAAUCAUUGUAAAUAAUUCACGUUUGUACUGGAUAGCACUAUUAUAGUUUUAAACUAUUCUUGUCAGAAACUCAUCCCAUAUAGAUCCAUAUAAUUAUCCCUAGAUCCAGGGCCGUCUUAUGAUUUCAUGUGGAAUCGCUCAACCAUGAGGAUUGUAUUUCUUUUCGUACUUUAUUUCCUUCUUGCAUGCACAGGCAAUUUCAAUUUACUUAUCCGUAACAGUUUCUUGUUACAUUAAUACUGUGCAUAUAUAUAUAUAUAUAUAUAUAUAUAUAUAUAUAUAUAUAUAUAUAUAUAUAUAUAUAUAUAUAUAUAUAUAUAUAUAUAUAUAUAUAUAUAUUAAGAUGAAAAUGUUCUCGAGUGUGUAUUAUAUAAUUUCCAUACCCAGCGUAAGCAGAAAGAUAAAGUUUGCCGCGGCUGGGUCUUGAACCCGCGACCUUCGAAUUACUAGAUCAACGCUCUACCAACUGAGCUACACGGUCAGACGGAUUUAAGACUGGAAAUUAAAUCCGUCUGACCGUGUAGCUCAGUUGGUAGAGCGUCGAUCUAGUAAUUCGAAGGUCGCGGGUUCAAGACCCAGCCGCGGCAGACCGCUUUAUCUUUCCGCUUACGCUGCAGGGUAUGGAAAUUAUAUAAUACACACUCGAGUAGGAACAAGACCAAUUCAUUCAUGCUUCAUGUGAUUGCCUACACAGAACAAGUUUCAAAAUUGUAAAAACUUAUAAAGUGGAUUACAAAAUCUUGAAUUUUUAAAUGCAAGAAAUUGACAAGUCAGUUCAACUUUGAUAAAAAUUCCCUUCAAGAAACAUGGAAAAUGCUCUUGCGGAGGCUUCAAAAAUGCAAUUUUUAUGGGGACAUGCCCUCAGAGCCCCUUUGUUGACUGCCCCAAACAACUAUUUUCUUCUGACGGUACGGAAACCUCCAUACCAAUGGAAACUGCGGUGCAUGUUUAGUAGAGAAAACUGUCAGGACUCAGAAACAACUGAGGCGAAAUUAUAACACACGACUUGCAUAAAUUAACAUUAUGCAUCACACUGUAUUAUCAGAGAAAUGAGUAUUUUUGUAUCUACUACAGGCUGACUACUGUGCGAAGGCAUGUCAUUUUACGCCCUAUGUACGGAAUCCUAAAUGUCUGAAUGGAUCUUGGGAUGGAGAACAAGUCACUAAGACAACCGAGAAAACACCAACUGAAGUUCAAAUAACUACUGCGCCAAAUAGUGAGUGUAAUUAUUCGGCUUUUCAAGUAUACAAUUUAAUAUAUUAAUCUGUCUUAUCUCUAGAAACAAAUUUAUGCUGCAGUAGAACGUUGUUACAAAAGUAAGCUUGGCUGUAGGAUACUCAUUUUCCUUUAACAAAAAAACCUUCAUAGAAUUGCUUCGCCUUUUUAAUUCUUAUUGCCUCGAAGAUGUGUUUAAUUUAAUAUUUCCGAAAAUCUUGAAUAUGUUCUUUCUCAAAUGUUGAUUGGAAGCAGGCAUGCGCAUGUGCUCAAAUAUACCAAUGAUUUAAUUCAUGUAAAAAGUUUUUAAAUUAUUUUAAAAACUGAAAAGGCAAUUUUUGCACAGUUGUUGAUUCGAAUUUAAUAAAUUUAACAAUAUUCAAUUUUUAAAUGUACACAGUCUCUAUUUCGCUUCACACAGAAGACAAAUUAUUCUGGUAUAAACAUUUAAUCUAGUGGACAGUCCUUUUGUUCCCAAAAGCCAUGUUUUUCACAUUACGUCAUCGCCGCUAUGUUGAUGAAUUUGACAAAACAUUUUAUUUGCUUGCAAUUCUAGGUUCAUCCCGCCAAUUAACAUGGCGAAAAUCUCUUUGGUACUUUGAAUUCUUGCGGAUUAGUUGCAUUCAACCCUUUUAUAUAGAUAAAACUCAAAAACUAAUAUGGAAAAUUUAGUUUUAAUUAAUCACACCUGAAUUAGCCAGUUCGUAUAGAGUUGAUUGCGCAUCCAAAUGACACGUUCUGCGUCGGAUUAAAAAUAUCAAACCUGAUCAAUUGAUCAAUUAUCCAUUCAGUAUUGAACUAGUAUAUUUUAUCCUAUUUGUAAUGAAAAGUAUUCUAUAUAAACGAAGAGGCGAUUUAACAAUUUAAGUUCAAUUUCUUCCCAAAUUUUUGAGCCAAUAUCGCCGGAAUUCAGAAUAUUUACUGUUUCAAGUUGUCUCGCAGGAAAAUGUAACCCGCUGUGCGGUACCGGAGUGUACACUCAUGCAGGAACAUGUCAACCAAGUGGAAGAUGUCUGUGUUUCUGGGGGUGGACUGGACCCAAUGCUCAGUACACAACAAAUAACCGAAUUUUGGUACGUAAUAAAUUUGUCAUUUUAUGCCAUUGGGAUUGUGCAGACGUAUAUAUAGAUAUAUGUGAAAAUCGCUGAAGUCACACUGUGCUAGUGGUGAGAAAGUGAUUCUGAGAAUUUUUAGGAAUAUUGCGUUGAACGCGGAUAUAUGCAUCUUGUUCGCUAAAUCUCGUUUCAUCCAAUUUUUCGAAAUAUAUAUUAUACAAUGGGUCGAAUCUCAGAAUGUUUUUUAUUCCGGCUAACUUUGACAUGAUCUUUUGAUCCCUGUCAUUUGAGGAACUCCAAAUUGGAAGUUUCAUGCAAAUGAUGCAAUCUAUAGUCAAUCUCCUGAAUCUGCUGUGUGCUCAAUGCAAGGAAAUGUAAAAGUCACCAAGCAAUUAGAAGGAAAAUUACCACAGAAAAAACGAAAUAAAUCUUUGAUAAAUGCCAUGUUUGUACUGUGUAUUUGUACUGUAUAUUACCAACUUUGCAUGCGUUCACUUUACUUUUUACUGUGUUGUAUAUAUGACAUGUAGUGUAGACUGUAUAAUUGUACAAAAAUAAUGUAAAGAUGUAAUUUUUAAUCUUCAAAUUCCUUCUAGGCUGACUACUGUCGUAUUCCAUGUCAUUAUACUCCUGACUAUAAAAAUCCAGACUGCGUGAACUCUAACGAAACCGGAGAAUGUAAAGUGCCAACAUCAACCACGCCAACGAAGCCUUGUGAUCCUAAAUGUGGAAAUCGUAAGAACUAUACUGUUGAGCAUGGGUUUUAAUGAAAUAAAAUUUAACUUACAUUAUGCAUCCUAAGACCUUAUCCAGAAGUCAUUGGUAGUUUUUAUGAUUCACACUGCGAAAAUAAAAUCGUUAUAUAUAUUGUAUUUUAUUCACAGCGCCAUAUCACGGUCGAGGAAUAUGCCUGAGUGAUGGUCGUUGUCUCUGUUGGUGGGGAUGGACUGGACCGAAUGCUUGCUAUGUUGAAGAUGGAACAUAUAGGAACAGAAUCAUUGUAAAUAAUUCGAUAAUGGAUAGCAAUAUUUAUAGUUCUAAAUUAUACUUUUGUCAGAAAUGAAAUAGUAGUUUUCGCUAAAUUUUCCAGUGUUACUGCAGGAGGAGAGUAGACUAGAGUAGCAGUGGCAACUACGCUGGAUGUUUGGUAUUGUCAAACUGAAAGCACUCUUCACAGAAGCAACUGAGAAAGGCACAAACUAGUGGGCACCAACAUUUCUAUUAUUAUGUGCAUAAUUUGCAACGUGAUGAAUAUCGGCAGAUAAUUUCCCAUGCUGAAAAGGGAUUCUUAUCAUAAAAAUCAAAUUAAAUUUUGAUAAAAUGUCUUUGUUUAAAAUCUUAUACUGGACUUUAAUUUUUAUAACAAGAAUACGUGGUGAAUAUCUCAUGACUUGAAAUGUAUUCAAUUGACACAGCAUUAUCAGAGAAAUGAGUAUUUUUAUAUCUACUACAGGCAGACUACUGUGCGAAGGCAUGUCAUUUUACGCCCUAUGUACGGAAUCCUAAAUGUCUGAAUGGAUCUUGGGAUGGAGAACAAGUCACUAAGACAACUAAGAAAGCACCAACUGAAGUUGAAACAACUGCAAAAAGUGAGUGUAGUUAUUCAACUUUUCAAGCAUAGAAUUUUAUAUCAAUCAUCUGCUAUAUUUCUAGAAACAAAUUUGUACCUGUAAUGAACGUACAAACUUGUACAGAAUUGCGUACAAACCUGCACAGAAUUGCAUCUGGCGAAUUCAUACAGCCUUGAAGAUGUGUUUAUUUCCUUUUUCAAAUAGUUGACGAUGCACGUGCCAUUAUGUACAAGAAAAUGACGUAUUCUUAUUAACUAACUGUAUUUAGGUAACAUGUACAGUAUAUUAUACUACAAACAUGCCAUUGGAUGUUCUGCUAUUCAUUAAGAUUCUCGAAUAAAGCAUGUGUUGAAAUUGAAGAUGCUCCGCAAUUUUGUUGCUUUAGGAUAAAUGUUCCCUCCUGGAUCUCACUCUUCAGGUCUGUUUUUCUGCACGAAACUCGUAGCCUUCCGAUUAGUGAAAAAAUGUACUCUUAUUAUUACUGUAGUUCCAUGUGAUCCACUCUGUGGUACUGGUGUGUAUACACAUGCAGGAACUUGCCAGCCAGACGGGAGAUGUUUGUGUGCUUAUGGUUGGACGGGACCACAUGCUCAAUACACCGCUGGUAACAGGAUUCUGGUAGGUGUGCCAUUAUGUAGUAAUGCAGGAAAUGCCAUUUCUGAGAGCCACUACUAAAGUAGUACAAAUUUAACGAUAUACCUAAAGGUGGGGAUAGAAGUACAUAUAUAUAAUUGUGCUUGACUAAGCGACUUGAGCAAUUUUUAUUUAAUCACCUUUUAUAGUGUGAGCAAGGUCUUAAUCCCUCUCCCUUGGUGGCGCCCCUGAAAACAAGGAAUUGACAACUCAUCAUUUUGGACCCCAGUGACACAAAGACCCUAUUAAUAUUGUAAUACAUCUAUAAAUACUCCUAGGCUGACUACUGUCGUGUACCAUGUCACUAUACACAUGAUUACGAGAAUCCUGAAUGUGUCAAUUCCAAUCAUACUGGUGAUGAAUGUAAAGUUCCUGAUUCAACUACGCCCACAACGCCUUGCGAUCCUCGAUGUGGAAAAC